CGAACCGUUUUCAUUCAUUUUAUCAAACCAUAAAAGCUCAAAGAAACCACAUAACAAAGGCCAAGAGAGGUUGAAGAAUCAGAAGCCACGAGCAGAGAAAGCUAGAGAAGCUAGCAAGAAUAUCUAGCAAAGGUAAAGAAAUUAAACCAUGGCAGAUGAGUUUAACACAAGUGGCAACUGGUGGGAUUCAUCCAGAAGCAGGUUCGAAAGCGGCACAUCUUCAUCGUCUUUGGGACUCAAUAAUUCGGGGAGCUUUGAAUGGCCAACUGACAUGGCGGACAUCAAAGCAAGAACUACCAUGGAUUCCUUGUCGGUGUCCGUUACUUCAAUCGUUUUACAGGAGACCCAGAAGCUGCAAGCCCAUGACUCAGCUGGCGCCGGCGAUCCCAGCUUGCAUAUGAUGGGUUUAGGCCUUUCAACACAAGCCAUGGAUUGGAACCAAGCUUUACUUCGUGGUGAAAAGGCUGACGGCAGUUUUCGUUCGAUGCUUCAAGAAAACUUGAACUCGGGCAUGCAAGAAACUGGGAUCGGAUCCUCUCAAGUUCAAUGGAGGGAGAAAUUGUUUUCUGGUGGGAUGGGCGGCGGCGGCGAGUCCGCUCCAAAUGAGUUUAAGCAUCAACUUAAUCGUGGUUUCUCAUUAGAUCAACCGCCGUUUAGUCCUCAAUAUAGCUCCGGGGAUAGCACGGUGACAUGUCAGGGCAUGGCGUCUAGUUUUCCGAUGGAUUCAGCUCUGUACGGAAGCCCUUCAACUAUAUUACAAGGACUAUUGGGACCGGAUAGUCAGCCUCAUCAACAGCCAAUGAAUUUUCCAUAUCCGGCCAGCUAUGGCGUGAAUUCUAGUGAAUUGUUGCCUUCUUGGUCGAAGGUUCCUCAGUUCUUGAGAACUUCCCCUCCAAAACAGCAACCCCAGAGCCAUUUGCAUUUCUCCAACAACGCAGCGUUUUGGAACGCGUCUGAUCAAGCGGCCGCCAUGAAAGAUGUUCGGUCGAGCUUUUUCCCAUCACUGCAACAGCAGUAUACCAACCCAAGCUAUGAUGAAAAACCAAAGAAUAUAUCCGAAGCUCGGGACUCAUCAACCACAGUGGUGAAGAAAAGUGGUAGCGAAGCUACAUCUAAAAGGCCGCGGAGUACUGAACCGCCAUCGUCUUUACCAGCUUUUAAGGUGAGGAAAGAGAAGAUGGGGGACAGAAUCACUGCACUCCAACAAUUGGUAUCGCCUUUCGGAAAGACUGAUACAGCCUCAGUGCUUUCUGAAGCCAUCGAAUACAUCAAGUUCCUCCAUGAACAACUUAGUCUCUUAAGCACGCCAUACAUGAAAAGUGGAGCUCCCACACAACACCAGCAGACUUCUGAGAAGUCCAAGGAUCCCGAAGGACCGAAACAAGAUCUUAGAAGCCGAGGAUUAUGUUUGGUACCUGUUUCGAGCACAUUUCCUGUCACUCAUGAGACCACAGUUGAUUUCUGGACGCCAACAUUCGGAGGAACUUUCAGAUAAAGGAAAGAGAAAAUGGUCAAAACUGAAACCAUUGUCCGUACCUAAUAUAUGUCUUAUCAAACCCUUGCCAAGUUGGGAGUGAUAGGAUGGAAGAAGAAAAGCAGAAGACACAGAAGCCCACACGAUUGUACUAGUUUGGGUUGGAAAAAGAAAUUCGAUAUAUAUAAAAUGGUGGAAGAGAAAGAAAAGGAAAUGACCCUGCAAAAAGGACAAGCCAUUGUUGGGGCAGCUACAGGCAAAAUGAUGCAGGUUUGGCCAAUAUUGGGACCAUUGGAAACAUAUUAAUUGUUGUAAUAAUUGAAGAAUUAUGAUUAGAGGUGUUUUAGAAAUGAGAUGAACAGCUGCUGAAUUUAGGGGAAGUUUCAAACUAAUUUGUAGAGAAAAAAAAAAAAUAAAAAAUUUGUUGUUAGUAAAGGAAUUAAGGAUCGAUAGAUGGAGGAGCUUUUGUACUUAAUAGAGCUGGCACUAGCUUUAGUUUAAGAGAAAGGAAGGAGAAAAAUUUGAAGGAAUAAUUGAAUUAUAGAAUAGGAGUGAGUGUGGGGAUGUCAUUUGAUUAGAAAUCUCACUUUUGAGUUGUUUAUGUAUUUGGAAUAUGUUAGUGGAAGUCAGAGGCUGGCCCACAGCUUCUCUCUUUUAGAUUUUUACGUAAUUUUUAAUUUAGAAAUGUAUAUUAUAAAAGUUAAUAGGAAAAUAUUGUAUGUCCA